AUGCCUUAUUUGUGCUCUUAUUUGCCUUUUGUAUGUUCUCCGUUUUCUGUAUACUCUUUCUUUUACCUCGCUUUUUCAACCAUGCCUUAUUUGUGCUCUACUUUGCCUUUUGUAUUUUCUCCUUUGUCUGUAUACUUUUUCUUUUCCCUUGCUUUUUCAUCUAUGCCUUAUUUGUGCUCUUAUUUCCCUUUUGUAUUUUUGUCCUUUGUCUGUAUACUCUUUCUUUUCCCUCGCUUUUUCAACUAUGCCUUAUUAGUGCUCUUAUUUCCCUUUUGUAUUUUUGUCCUUUUUCUGUAUACACUUUCUUUUCCCUCGCUUUUUGAACUAUGCCUUAUUUGUUCUCUUAUUUGCCUUUUGUAUUUUUCUCAUUUUCUCUAUAUAUUUUUUCUUCUCCCUCCUUUUCAACUAUGCCUUAUUUGUGCUCUUAUUUGCCUUUUGUAUUUUCUCCUUUGUCUGUAUACUCUUUCUUUUCCCUCACUUUUUCAACUAUGCCUUAAUGGUGCUCUUAUUUGCCUUUUUAUAUUUUUGUCCUUUUUCUGUAUACUCUUUCUUUUCCCUCGCUUUUUGAACUAUGCCUUAUUUGUGCUCUUAUUUGCCUUUUGUAUUUUCUCCUUUGUCUGUAUACUCCUUCUUUUCCCUCGCUUUUUCAACUAUUCCUUAUUUGUGCUCUUAUUUGCCUUUUGUAUUUUCUCCUUUGUCUGUAUACUCUUUCUUUUCCCUCGCUUUUUGAACUAUGCCUUAUUUGUGCUCUUAUUUGCCUUUUUUAUUUUCUCCUUUGUCUCUAUACUCUUUUUUUCCCUCGCUUUUUCAACUAUGCCUUAUUUGUGCUAUUAUUUGCCUUUUGUAUGUUCUCCGUUUUCUGUAUACUCUUUCUUUUACCUCGCUUUUUCAACCAUGCCUUAUUUGUGCUCUACUUUGCCUUUUGUAUUUUCUCCUUUGUCUGUAUACUUUUUCUUUUCCCUUGCUUUUUCAUCUAUGCCUUAUUUGUGCUCUUAUUUGCCUUUUGUAUUUUCUCCUUUGUCUGUAUACUCUUUCUUUUCCCUCGCUUUUUCAACUAUGCCUUAUUUGUGCUCUUAUUUGCCUUUUGUAUUUUCUCCUUUGUUUGUAUACUCUUUCUUUUCCCUCUCUUUUUCAACUAUGCCUUAUUUGUGCUCUUAUUUCCCUUUUGUAUUUUUGUCCUUUUUCUGUAUACUCUUUCUUUUCCCUCGCUUUUUGAACUAUACCUUAUUUGUGCUCUUAUUUGCCUUUUGUAUUUUCUCCUUUGUCUGUAUACUCUUUCUUUUCCCUCGCUUUUUGAACUAUGCCUUAUUUGUGCUCUUAUUUGCCUUUUGUAUUUUCUCCUUCGUCUGUAUACUCUUUCUUUUCCUUCGCCUUUUCAACUAUCCCUUUUUUGUGCUCUUAUUUGCCUUUUGUAUUUUCUCCCUUUUCUGUAUACUCUUUCUUUUCCCUCGCUUUUUCAACUAUGCCUUAUUUGUGCUCUUAUUUGCCUUUUGUAUUUUCUCCUUUGUCUGUAUCCUAUUUCUUUUCCCUGUCUUUUUCAACUAUGCCUUAUUUGUGCUCUUAUUUGCCUUUUGUAUUUUCUCCUUUGUCUGUAUACUCUUUCUUUUCCCUCGCUUUUUCAACUAUGCCUUAUUUGUGCUCUUAUUUGCCUUUUGUAUUUUCUCCUUUGUCUGUAUACUCUUUCUUUUUCCUCGCUUUUUCAACUCUGCCUUAUUUGUGCUCUUAUUUGUCUUUUGCAUUUUCUCCUUUAUCUCUAUACUCUUUCUUUUCCCUCGCUUUUUCAACUAUGCCUUAUUUGUGCUCUUAUUUGCCAUUUUUAUUUUCUCUUUUGGCUGUAUAUUUUUUCUUUUCCCUCGCUUUUUGAACUCAUUUUUUCUCUUUAUGCAUUUUCUUUUAUCACUUUUUGUCACUCUUCUUUGUGCUCUUAUUUGCAUUUUAUAUUUUCUUUGCCUCUGUGCUCUUUAUUUUCCACAACUUUUUAAGCAAUACCAUAUUUGUUGUCUUGUUUGUCCUUCCCCGUUUUCUUCUUUGUUUUCUGAUCUUUCUUUUCUCCAUUUUUGUCAACUGUACCUUCUUUGUUCUUUCCUUUUCGUUACCCAUUUUCCCCUUGUCUCUGCUCUUAUUUCCCAUGAUGUCAACUACGCAUUCUUUGUCUUCUUUUUUGCCCAGCAUUAA